ACGGCCCGUGCGGCGCACGCCAACAACCACGGCAACGCAACGGCCGCGCCACGCCACGCCACGCGACGCGACCCACACCGCGCCGAGCCACCCAACCCAAGUUGCCUGGCGAAACCGCGAAACGCCGCGGAUGCCAUCGGCUUCAACACUUCGCACCGCAAACACCGCCGAAACAUGGAAAAACUCCCCAAGAAAACCCAGUAGGGCCUUUCUUAAAUCUCGCGCACGUCCUCCACCGCCGCUGCGGCCUUUGCCGCUCCCGUUUAAAAGCGAGCCACCGCCCCGCCUCCUGCCUCCCCCCACCAACACCACUACCCCUCCACAUCUCCCACUAAUAACACCGACCUGACGAGCACCACCGUCCCGAACACCAGCAGCUGCGCACAUGAAGGUCCUACGGCUGCUCGCGGCGCGGCGGUUCCGGCGCCGCGCGGUGUCCACGAUCACGGCGACGGCGCCGGCCACGCCAUGCGGUGGCGGCGGCUGGUAUGGCGAGGACGAGGGCCCGUUCUUUGACCUCGACCUGUCGUGCUGCUCGGCCUCGGCGCCCGCGUCGAGCGCCGAGUCGGGGUCCGAGUCGGAGGACUACUCGUCGUGCGCCGGCGAGUCAGACUUCGUCAUCUCGCUGCAGCGGAGCCGCUCCGCGUCGCCGUCGUACGAGGAGCGGGUCUUCUACGUUGGCGGCGGUAGUGGGUGGGCGCGCGCGGCGGCGGCGGCGCCCGCGCACCUCAAGUUCUGCGCGUCCGAGCCGAGCGACGCCGCCUCGCGGUACGGCUCCGGCAGGCGCGGCAAGCUGCGCACGCUCAGCUUCGGGUCCGCCAAGGCCGCGUUCUACGGCGGCCGCGCCAGCUUCUCCAGGAGCUCCAACAGCGCGCGCUCGGCCAGGCUCUUCGCCGCGUUCGGCUACGGCUCGCCGGACCAGGGGGACGAGGCCAACAGGAGGACGCCCUCGCGGGACGUGAUCAGGCGGUACCUCAGCAAGAUCUCGAGGCAACUGCGCCGGGUAGCCCCCAGCGCCGGCGCGGACCUCCGGCUACGGAAGAGCCGGUCGGCGUCCGCGGCGCAGACGGCGGCGUGCCAGUCGCCGCCGCCUCGCCGCGACGACUCGCUCCUCGAGCAGCAGGACGGCAUCGCGAGCGCCAUCGCGCACUGCAAGGAGUCGCUCCACCGUGCGUCCAUGUCAGAGUUCGACUCGCCAUUGCUGCGGUCACGGAGCGAUCCACGAAGCUAGCUGUACCAAUCGGCUUCGAAUUCUCUCGACGAAGCAGAGGCCUCCGAAGAAGCUUCGCGCUGAAUUUCGCGGAGGAAGGCGAGAUGAAGAAAAAAAAGAAGAAGACGAGGGAACCUUCAAGUACGAAUUGCUUGUUAAAAGCCUCAAGAAAAGAAAACGCGGUGGUUCAGCGAGCGAGAGAAUUCUCUUUUAUUAACCUUUCUUCUUCUUUGGUGCGAGUGAGUGAGUUGAGUUCGUUCUUUUGUGUAGUUUUAGGCGCGGGGAAAGAGCUCCUUUUAGGCUCCUUUAGCCACUCCCCUCCUCACGUACAAGCGUGGAGUUGUCAGCUCUGUAUGUCACUUGUUGUUACUCCUCUUUUUCAUAUUUUGUUACUCGCAACACGACCUGUAAUUAGGCACUUGAAAUCCACUGCAUUCUUCUCUCUGACUC